CCGUUGCAUACAGUGACAUACAUGUAGAUCUCACAAGACGACAUGUAGACUUAACUAUAAACAAAUGAAAUGUCAUCAGUAAUUCACGAUAAACAAAGUCCAGUUUCUGAACUGAGACAAUGGGGCACCCGGAAGAUGAAGAUGAAGAUCGUAAUCAUUUUACAAAAGCGUCAAUAAGAAAAAAGACGUGUCUAAAGUUUGUUAGUGAUGGGAUCAUAGGUGGUUUGGAAAAUGCAUUUUACAAACUUGGUAAAACAGUAGCAACUUAUCCAAUCCUUACCAUUAUAAUAUGCAUUGCCAUAUGUGGGCUGUUUGGGAUAGGCAUGAAGGAUUUCAACCAGACAACAGAAGAUGCCGAGCUCUGGGUACCAGCCACAUCCAGGAUACAGGCAGAGAGGAAAUGGGUGCUGGAUAACUUCCCCCCAAUAACACGAUAUGCAUCAUUAAUAUUAGUGGAAAAUAAUGUGUUAUCAGAAAGAUCCUUUAAAGCUAUGUAUGAUUUAUACCAGCAAGCCCUGAAUAUUGAGGUGAAUGGGAAGAAAUUUGAAGACAUGUGUUAUCGUGUUGCAGGUCACUGCUAUGUGAAUAAUAUUUUAGAGCUUUGGUCAUACAACGAAACUGUGAUAAAGACUUUGACCUUGGAGGAUAAGUACAAGGUCGUCAAUCAAAAUGUAACUUAUAGUCCUUUAUAUCAUAAAGAAACAGACAUAACUACACUGAUAGGUAAAAUUCGACGUAACAGAGGGGGUACCAUCACUGGAGCAGAAAGUGCUGUCAUGUUAUUCCUGCUGCAAGAUAAUCUAGAAUGGAAGACAGAAGCAAUGGAAUGGGAAUCUGAGAUGAUUAAGAUUGCUAAUGAGGGUCACGACCACAUCAAACAAAUUUAUAUCUAUACAACGAGAAGUUUUGAUGAUGAAGGUUAUGGUGCUGUUAACAGUGAUACCAAGCUACUUUCUGCAGGGUUUUCUAUUGUGUUUAUUUAUGUAAUAUUGACGCUAGGGAGAUUCAAUCUUCUUGAACAAAAGUUGUACUUGUCUUUAGCUGGACUUUUAGUAGUUGGACUAUCUAUUAUGUUUGCAUAUGGACUUGCCAUGGCCUGUGGUGUAAUUUAUGGACCAGUUCAUGCUUUGAUGCCAUUUCUUUUACUGGGCAUUGGUGUGGAUGAUAUGUUUGUUAUUGUGGAGGCCUGGAAAAACCUAACUUAUUUUGAACAAAAGCUUCCAUUGGUUCAAAGAAUGGCCUUGACCUUGAAACGAGCUGGUGUAUCUGUAACAGUAACAUCAGUAACAGAUGUUGUGGCCUUUGCUGUAGGAGCUUCUACAGUUAUACCAGGACUAAGUGGAUUUUGUAUCUAUGCAGCAUUAGGAAUCUUUGCCUUAUUCCUCUUGCAAUCAACAUUCUUUGUGGCAUGCUUGACUUUAGACCAGAUGAGAGUAGAAGCCAGAAGGAACGCCAUUAUAUGUUGUUAUGUACAUAAAGAUUACCAGAUCAACGAAUGUAGUAAACGAGAUUAUGGUCAGCUGUUCUUCAAACAUUAUUAUGGUCCAUUUUUGAUGAAAUUACCUGUUAAAAUUAUUGUUAUGCUCAUCACAGCUUUAAUUGUUUGUAUAAACCUCUAUGGUUUUAUAAAUUUACGACAAGAUUUUGAUUUGACAAUGUAUAUACCAGCUGAUUCUUAUGCACACAAAUAUUCCAAAGCUAAAGAGGCAUACUUUCCAUUUGCUGGCAUCAAUUCAGCAGUAUAUUGUCGUGGUCUAAAUUAUAAAAAGGAUAUGAAGUUAUUUGAAGAAAUGAUAAAGAAACUUAAGAAUAGUACUCAUGUUCAAAAUGGUACAGUGGUCAACUGGUAUGAACCAUUCCACUACUGGUUUGUCACAACGAAUAAAGUGGAUAUCAGAUACCUCAUAGGUGCAGAUGGAUAUCCCUAUUCUAACUAUGCAUUUGCUCAGCUGUUAUAUACGUUCAUCACAGAGACAAGGAUUGGACAAGCUUUCAGUCCAUAUGUCAAGUUCACCAAUACAACUCCUCCCCUCUUACAGGGUACAUACAUUCCAUUUAUACAUACUUACCAGGGAGAUAGUAAGAAAGAGAUUAAAGCCAUGGAAAGUUUACGUGAUAUUACAGACAUGAUGGGGUUCACCUCAGGGAAAUGUUUUCCAUAUGCUGUUCAGUAUCUUACCUAUGAAACAAAUAAGAUUCUUCAAGUGGAGUUAUACAGAAACUUAGCCUUGGCUGGUGUUUGUGUGUUUAUUGUGACGUUACUGUUAAUUGCCAAUUUAUGGACAAGUUUGAUAGUGUUUACAUGUGUUAUAUUUACAUUGAUUGACGUUGCAGGAACAUUAUAUUUUUGGGACGUGACUAUUGACACUGCCAGUAGUAUCUUGUUGACUCUCUCUGUGGGAUUGGCAGUUGACUAUUCUGCACACAUAGGGCAUACAUACAUGACAAUACUGGGAGACAAAAAUGAACGUCCAAUUAAAGCUUUAGCUGCCAUAGGACCAGCUGUGUUUAGUGGUGGAUUCAGUACAUUUUUAGCUUUUUUACUGCUAUCUAGGAGUAAUAGUUAUGGAUUUGCUUUAUUUUUUAGAGUAUUUUUUACUGUUGUUGUGUUUGGAUUAUUCCAUGGUUUAGCAUAUUUACCGGUUAUAUUAAGUUGGAUAGGACCAGAGCCCUACCACAAUGAAGAAGAUAAUCAGAAAUAUUUACAAAAUGGUCUUUCAAAUGGUAUAAGUGCUGAUGAAAAGGAAGAGUAUGAGAUGGAUGCUGAUUCUGGCUGUAUCAGACAGGACACCAGUUCAGAGAAUAGUCCAUUGAGGUCUGCCCAAUCAGAAUCUGGUAACAGUUCAGAAGUUACAGAUGGUAGAGCAUGUGCAAUAACUUCUAGUCCAAUAGUGAAAUCAAAAAGAACAAAUGGUGUGGAUAAAAAUACAGGAUUUUUACCAGAAAGUGAACGUUUAAUUGAGAGGAAUAAAGAUGAAAUGACUACAGAUGCUGUUGUACAAAAUAAAUAUACUGUAAAUGAUGAAGAAGGAAGAUGAUACUCAGACGACUUUUUUUUAUAUAUGUUGAACUUUAGACAAAUAAAGUGGUUAUUAUACACCACUUGUUUCAAUUGCAGUUAGGAAGAAUGUGGUGAAUGAGUGUUGUUAAUGGGUUAUGUAUGUAGACACUUUGGUUUCAGUAGGAAAUCCUUUUUCUGGCUGUCAUAAUGUUCAUUUAAAAACAAGCCUUCAAAUAUGUUAUUGGACCUUGUUUGGUAGAGAGGUCUAAGUAUUUCAUUUACACCAAUACCUUGCUUGUCAACAUUGAGGUUAUGAUAUUGAUGCCUGCUUUUAGCAUGUGUGUUAUACACCUUUCAUUAUUGACUGGGAAUGCCAGAACUCAUGCCAAGGGUUUGUGAUGCUCUCUGCAUACCCAUCUUUCUUCACAAGUAAAAGCUGAAAGCCAAUCUAAAGCCAAAGAAAACGACAUGAAACCCCAACAAUCAAUCAAUUUAUCAAAUUGGUUUCAAAGUUUUACUUGUAUCAAAUCAUUGACCAGUUUUAACUAUUAUUUUUUAAAAAUAAAAAUAAAAAGCUUUUCAUGCUUUGAAAGAAAAACCAAUUACAUUAAUUGCUUUUACUUUACUGCAAGAGAACAUUCAAAAAUAAUCAGUUGACCAAAAUUAUUUCUGCAAAUGAAGUACAAAUCCAAAAAGUAUUUCCCAUGGUUUAUUAACUUUGUCAAAUUUACAUAUGAAGUGUAUUUCUAAUGUACAGGUAAACUUUUAACUAUGUAGGUAACAUGAGAUAUUUUGGUGCAUGAUGCACUAUAUAUUCUUACUUUUCUUGAAAUAAGUUUUCUUACAUCACUGCUGAUUAUAUCAAUUUUAAAGAGAAUAUGGAGAAGUAUAUACAUUUUUAAAUACACUAUGUGCUCUCUGAUUUUCAAUAUAGUACCUUAUCAAUUCUAUAUACCAAAAGUCAUCAAAGAUAUCAGACUGAAAAAGAGGGCCUAAAUAAAGAAUUGAAAAAAUAGAAUUUCAACCUAGAAUAGUAAAAUAGUAGUAUAGAACUGAAACAACAAGGUAUUGUCCAGUAAAAUUGUUAGUAUUGGCUUAUUAAUCAUAAAGUUAAAUUGAAAACAGUUUUGGAAAUAUCCUCAUUAAUUCUCAUGCCUAUUUGUAGUUUUAGAAUAAAUCUAUAGAUAUAUUUACAUGUAUUUAUUUUUGAUUUAAAAAGGUAAACAUUAAUGUGCUGCAGAUCAAUAGUUAUUUGUAACCUGGUAAGAGUGCACAUGUGUAUUUUAUUCAUCAAAAAGUUUUCACUAUAUUAUGCAAGGUAUAAACAGAUGACAUGUAAUUUAAGUGUUGGAAUGAAAUGCCAGUUAUGAAACAAUAAUUGUAAUGUUGAUAAAUGAAACAGAUUUUAAUUUAUUCCGCUAUGAAGACAUAUCAAUUGUUUAAGAAUGUGCAGUUUUGUUAGUGUUUGAACUGUUGUGACCGGUGAUUACGUUUUAUGUAAUCUUAUUAUUUUAUUUUAGUGCUUUAGUUUGUGAAACAUUUGAUUUUGUAUGUUUGAUUGAAUUUAGUAAAAUAUUCUGACUUCAGA